AUGUCUCCUCACUCCGUCUCAACAACCACCAACGAUCUCGUCACCGAAUACGCCGACAUCAUCAAGGGCAAAACCAUUCUCACCACAGGCGUCACACCCAACAGUCUAGGCGCAACCUUCAUCCUAGAAACCGCCUCCAAGUCCCCAGAGCUCCUGAUCCUCGCCGGCCGCAACGCCUCCAAGCUCCAAGAGCUUUCUGAAACCAUCACCAAAGCCUACCCUGAUGUCAAGACGCGCUCUCUUGUCGUAGAUCUCAGCUCUUUGGCGUCAGUGCGUAAGGCUGCUGAAGACGUCAACGGCUGGAGCGACGUGCCCAGCAUCGAUGUUGUUGUUAACAAUGCUGGUGUGAUGGCUAUUCCAUUUACGCUCAGCACGGAUGGUUACGAGAUGCAGUUCGCAAUCGGUCAUCUUGGCCACUUUCUUCUGACUAACUUGAUCAUGGACAAAAUCUUGGCUUCCAAGUCACCACGCGUUGUGAACAUCUCGAGCAAUGGCCACAGUCUUAGUCCCAUUCGCUUUGCCGACCCUCACUUCAGUAACGGGGAAACUUAUGAUGAGUGGACUGCCUAUGGUCAAUCCAAGACUGCAAACAUGCUCUUCUCUGUAUCUCUCGCCCAGAAGCUCGGAAGUCGAGGUCUUCAAUCUUACAGCGUCCAUCCUGGCCUCAUCCUGUCGACCGGUCUAGGCACACACCUAGACUUUGCCAACAUGGACGCCGACCUGGGAGCUUUCAUCAAGGCUCAUCGUGCACGAGGCAACGAUGAAGGAUGGAACUUUAUUGAUCCCGUUCCUGUCGAAGUUGGCGCAGCGACACACGCAUUUGCUGCUUUCGACCCCAACAUCAAAGCAAGCAAUGGCGCUUAUCUCUUGGAAGCAAGGGUGUCUGAUCCUUAUACCGACACCGUCAAGUCUUGGGCACGAGACCCUGUUGAAGCUGAGAAGCUGUGGAGGUUGAGCGAGAAACUUGUUGGACAGAAAUUUGGGUAUUAA